AUGAGAGGAGAGACUCACCAGGAAUCUCACCCUACAGUACAUUCUGAUAGGAGCACGUCAGUUUUGAGUUCUAAGCUGUGCUUCUCCUACAGUGAUGAGCUACGCAAAGAGGCACGGCAGCUGAAGAAGGAUCUUCAGGCCAUCAAACAACGAAAAGAGGACCGCGACAACCCGAAGGAACAACCCGAGGACCAACCAGGUGACCAGAAUCCCGCCAGUGGUGCAGUGGCAGAGUAUCAUGAUAGCAGGAAAAAGUAUGAAGACGUUCGCAAACAAAAACUGAAGAAAGGGACAACCAGAGAGCAACAGACUUUGGCUCUUCUGGACCGCUUCAAGACAAAGCUGUCGAGCGCCAUAACAGACACACCUGAGGAGCCGGAGGAGGAGCUCGGGGAGGACGAGGACAAGGGCUGGAUGUCUCACGUGCUACAGUUUGAUGAGCAGAGCAGAAAGGUGAAGGAUGCCGCCAUACAGGACGAGGACACCUUUGAGAUCUACGACCCACGCAACCCGGUCAACAAGCGGCGGAGGGAGGAGAGCAAGAAGCUGAUGAAGGAGAAGAAAGCACGGAUAUGAGUGCAGGCGGGUCACAGGAUCAGGGGUGCUUUGAGGGAGGAGUCAAACAUGGCAGCCACUCAUUCUCGUCAGAACCACUUAGACAUCUCUCCUCUUUCAUAUCCUCCCUCUUUCAUCUUGUCUCUUCUGUUCUUGAGCUUCUGCUGCUAGUAUCCUCUCCUUUGCUUCUCUCCUUCUCUUCUUGUCUGUCUAUCUCUUCUGCUUUCUCUCUUCUGUUCCAUUUUCUUUUCCUCUCUCUCCUCGUCUUUCCCUCUCCUUCUUAUCCUCUUCCUUCUUUCUCCUCUCUCUCUUCUCCUGUCUGUGCUUUCUGUGCUCUCUUCUCAUGGCCUCCUCUUGUUCUCUAGACAUGUCUAAGAAUGAUAUGUUCAGAGCGUCUCAGAGCCAUUUGCUUUGACUUUUGACCUGGGGCACUUAGCCUCUUCAAAACUGCCUUUUAAUGGUAGUUGUACACAGAUGAUUUAAAGAUGUUAAAGAGGUAGUUUUUAAAUUGUCAAAAUAAAAGUCAGCGAAUGUGUAAAACUGAAAAAACUUAACCCCGUUUUUUGGAAUCUGAGGUACAGUUCAUCUCCAAGUUGGAAAAAGUUAGAGGGCUUCAUGUUCUGUGGGUGUUGCGUCAACUGUAUUUACAGCUGCAAUGAAAUAAAGAGCUGACUCAUC